UGUGCGAAAACUACCUUCCGUUAGCGUGUAAAUAUAUGUGUACAUAGCCAGUGUAUAGAACGCUUGUAUAUAUCGCGCGCAUACGUAAAAAUGAUUCUCCAAAUUUUGUUCCUAUUUGUAAUGACAUUUUCCGAUGCUCAGUAUGUUUUUGAUUUAUAUAAAAAUCAGCCGGCAUUGCAAGCAGCGGAAGUGUCGAAAAUUCUGAGUGAUGCUGUUCCUGGGGUAUCGUAUCCAGCACUGGCGCAAAUACCGGCCACCGAUUUCUCCUGCGAUAAGAUGAACAUUUCCGGUUUUUUCGCCGAUACAAGUAAUGCCAGCCGGUGCCAGGUGUUCCAUCGCUGUGAUAUUAACGGUCUCUUUACCAGUUACUUAUGCCCCAAUGGGACGCUGUUCAGUCAGAUCCUGUUAACCUGUGAUUAUUUUUUCAACGUCGACUGUGAGAGCGAAGUUAAAUACCGGGACUACGCCAACUCGCGAUUGUACAAGCCGGGUGUAGCACUGUUUGACAGUCCACCUGCCGACUACGUUUCCAACAUCAGUCAAUCCCGCGCGGUGCCGACACCCGUGUCCGGUGCUAUGGCGCGCGCUGAUACCGGUGAAGUGCGCAGUUUUCCCGCUAAAAUCAUAACAGUCCGAGGCGAAGCGGCAAAUACCGCAGCAACCACUGCGUCUCCACAGCCAAGCAGUGUAUCCAAAGGUGCUGCCGCACCAACCCCGGCAAAAUUUACAGGAAAUAGCGUAUCGCUUGUGACGGUACCGGCUGGAAUGCCGCGACCAGUGCGAGAGGAAGUGGAUGUACCGGCAACCACCAACACUACUGAACGGCGCAAUAUCACAAGCGGAUUGAAUUCGAAAUCGUUGUCAGAGCAGCUGCUCCGUUCUAAGGAUUUAUUGCUGGAUGCACCGUAUCAAGAUGCGGAUAAUCUUACCCUGGUCAACGUUACCGAUCACGAACAAACCGACAAUACAACCAGCGGCGGACUGAUAGGAGCCAGCGGUAUCGUAAAUACGAUUCUUCCCAUGACCACGCCUUUGGUAACGUCUACAUUCAGCACUGUACGAUUACGGAACGAUACAAACACUUCGACCGACACGGUAUUAAAGGUCACAGUUUUACCCGCAACAAUGAUAUCCAUUGCAAACAUUGCAACCGCUGCUUUAAACACGUCAAUGGUCGCAUCUACAAGGGUCAUGGCGACAACACCGGUUGUUAAUGAAACUACCGGCACGUUCGGCACUUCAACGAUUACGAUGACUAAUGUCACGGCUAGUCCGGUAAUAAUGCCUAGUUCGAACGCCACGGCUGUCCCGGCAUCCACGACACUAACACUCCAAAAUAUUUUACUGCCGGAAUUAGCAGAAUUUGGUCUGAUGAAUGAGACGGUAACGCAGGCCAUCCCGGCGGAAUGGGACAAUGUGUCGGCCAAUCUCAAUCCACCGGUGGAACAUAUGGGAUUUCCGGAGGCCUUAUCGCUGCGCUCCAAAGAUAGUCCGGAUGCGUCCGGCUCCACGGAUGUGCUGGGUGAUGGGGAGGUGGCGCCGAAUAUCACACUGACCGGAAACAGCACCGGACCGGCGAACCGAACGGGAGGCGACACGGCGGAGAUCGGUGGCAAUCAAGACAACGUUGUAUCGUCCGCUGUGAUAUCUGAUUUAGAAAAGAGUCUAACAACAGUGCGCGGAGCGGUGGUUUCUGAUAUGCCGACUUCCACUAUUCCAAGUUCGCCGCCGACAACCAGUACACAAUCAUUAUUGACAUCUACGAACUCCACCGGCACGCUUACGCUCGCGCAGGAUAGUCACACAAAUUCGUCAAUGAAUGUUUGAUAGAUUUAUGUUCAGUAUUUUCUUUGUGCAGUAUCUCAUGUCAGAGUGUAAAACUUUAUCAUAAAACAUAUCUGUAUAUUGAAAGGUUUUACAAUAAUGUGAUUAUAAUAAUUUCUCGCAUCGGGUAU